AUGUCAAAUACGAACCCCGUGAAAGAAGUACCCAUUCCUGGACCCAAAGGGAUCCCAUUUCUAGGGAAUAUCUAUGAUCUCGAUCCCGAAGCUCCCAUCAACAGUAUAAACCUGCUUGCAGAUACCUAUGGUCCAAUUUUUCGCCUCAAAACCUUGGGUUCGUCUAGGGUGGUUGUUAGCUCCUAUGAACUAGUAGAUGAGGUUUGCAACGAGAAACGUUUCACAAAGGCAGUCGUUGGUCCAUUGAAAGAAAUUCGAAAUGGGACUCACGAUGGUCUAUUCACUGCCAAUUACCCCGGCGAAGAGAACUGGGCUGUAGCCCACCGGAUCUUAGUACCUGCUUUCGGACCGUUAAUGAUUCGCGAGAUGUUUGAUGAAAUGUAUGAUAUCGCAAGCCAGCUUGUAAUGAAGUGGGCGCGGCAAGGUCAUACUGUUCCUAUCACCGUAACAAAUGACUUUACGCGUUUGACUCUGGAUACUCUUGCUCUUUGUGCAAUGGGUACCCGCUUCAACUCAUUCUAUCACGAAGAUAUGCAUCCUUUCAUCGAGGCAAUGGUUGGCUUGCUCAUUGGAUCAGGGAACCGUGCUAGUCGCCCAGCAGCUAUCAACAGUCUUCCUACUACUGCAAAUACUCAUUAUCACAAAGAUAUUACUUAUAUGCGGACCCUGGCGCAGGAGCUUGUAGAUACACGCAGGAAUAAUCCACAGGACAAGAAGGAUCUCAUGAAUGCGUUGAUUCUGGGUCGAGAUCCACAGACUGGCCAGGGAAUGACGAAGGAGUCAAUUGUCAUGAAACCACUUCCGGUACCCUCUCUUUUUUGUUUUAUUAUUUGCUCAAAGCUCCUCAUGCCUAUAAAAAAGGUCCAGGAAGAGGUAGAUCGUAUUAUUGGCCGACGCAAGAUUACUAUUGAAGAUCUGUCGAAACUACCUUAUAUCACCGCAGUAUUGCGUGAGACUCUACGUCUGAGCCCUCCGGCCCCCGUAAUUCACGUGGGUGCUUACGAAAACAAAGAUAAUCAUGAGCCAGUGACUCUUGGAGGUGGUAAAUACGUUCUUCAUGAGAAUGAGCCGAUCGCCCUUUUGUUGGGUAAGGUGCACCGUGAUCCAAAGAUAUACGGGGCCGAUGCAGAUGAUUUCAGACCGGAGCGAAUGUUAGAUGAGGAAUUUGAGAAAUUACCCAAGAACGCCUGGAAACCCUUCGGAAAUGGAAGACGCGGCUGUAUUGGGCGACCAUUUGCAUGGCAAGAAAUUCUCCUGGUAACUGCAAUUCUGUUCCAAAAUUUCAACUUUCAGUUGGAAAACCCGAGUUAUGAUCUACGUAUCAAGCAGACCCUCACCAUCAAACCUAAGGAUCUUCAGAUGAGAGCUUCCUUGCGUGAGGAUCUGGAUCCAACAAAGCUUGGUCUGGUCUUGAACAAUGAUGGAGGUACGACUCAUGGUGCAGAUAUUGCCAAUCUGGAGAAGAAGCCUGCUGUCACCCGUACAAAUGGUAGUUUGAAGCCUCUGCAUAUCUUCUACGGCAGCAACACUGGAACUUGUGAAGCCUUUGCACAUAGAUUGGCAGAUGAUGCUAUUGAUUAUGGCUUCUCAGCGCAGAUCGACUCUUUGGAUUCAGCGAUACAGAGCUUAUCCACGAUAUUAGACCCUAUCAUCUUUAUUAGCUCCUCAUACGAAGGCCAACCUCCAGACAAUGCCGCCCAUUUCUUUGAGUGGCUAAGUGGGCUCAAAGGAAACAGUUUGGAAGCUGUCAAUUAUGCCGUUUUCGGAUGUGGUCAUCGUGACUGGGCUGCCACACUCUACCGAAUUCCUAAGUUAAUAUAUGAACUCGUUUCUGAAAAUGGAGGAAACCGUCUUUGCGAGAUUGGGUUCGCAGACACAGCCAGCUCAGACAUCUUUACGGAGUUCGAUACCUGGGGUGAGAAACUCCUCUGGCCUUCAAUUACGGAAAAGUUUGGCGGAAGCCAUAAUCAAACGCCAAAAUCCAAGUCUUCGUUGCAAGUCGAUAUAACUACUAGUGGCACACGUGCAUCAGCCCCUGGAAUACAGCUCCAAGAAGGCUUUGUGCUUGAAAACAAGCUCCUUACAAAGCCAGGCGUUCCUGCCAAGCGUCUAGUUCGAUUUGGGUUGCCAUCUGACAUGACCUACCAGUGUGGCGAUUACCUGGCAGUUUUGCCCAUGAACCCCAACCAAGUUGUCCGACGAGCGAUGAGCCGCCUUGACAUUCCCUGGGAUGCAAUUCUUCGCAUUCAUAACAUGAAGGACUCGAACAGUAUAGCAUCCACAACCAUCCCACUUGAUACGCCAAUUUCUGCUUUUAAGCUACUGACUACAUAUGUGGAGCUGUCACAGCCUGUGUCUAAGCGUGAUCUAACUAUAUUGGCUGACGCUGUUUUAGGAGAUGAUGAGGCUCAGGCUAAGCUACGCUUUCUAGCAUCGAGUCCAAGUCAGUUUGCUGAGCUUGUGGAAAAACGCGUAAGCAUUCUGGACAUAUUGAUGCAGUACCCAGCCAUCAAUCUACCCAUUGGCGAUUUUCUUGCUAUGCUACCUCCUAUGCGUAUACGGCAAUACUCUAUCUCCUCGUCGCCUCUAUUCAACCCAUCUGAAUGCUCAAUCACUAUCGCCGUUCUCAGUGCCCCGGCUCUCUCAGGAAAAAAUGAGCCCGGUACAGAGCUAAUCCAGCAGUAUCAUGGUGUUGCAUCAAAUUACCUCUCUGAGCUACAAGUAGGUGAGCACGCUCAAAUCAGUGUUCGUCCCUCCCAUUCGGGGUUUAAACCUCCACUGGACCUUCAAACUCCAAUGAUAAUGGCUUGCGCGGGAACUGGUCUAGCACCAUUCCGUGGAUUUGUCAUGGAUCGUGCCGAGCGCAUACGCGGUCGCUAUUCAAUGCUUGAUACAGCUGCCCUACCAGAAGAUGAGAGACCUGCUAAGGCAGUAUUAUACAUCGGCUGCCGUGCAAAGGGUCAAGAUGACAUUCACGCUGAUGAGCUAGCGGAAUGGGUUGCCCAGGGCAUUGUUGACGUUCGCUGGGCAUAUAGCCGGCCUGAAAAUGGGAAUGGUCAGCAUGUUCAAGAUUUAAUGCGAAAGGAUUUCAAAAAUGUGGUGGAGUUAUUUGACCAGGGAGCAUUUAUCUACGUGUGUGGUAGUACUGCUGUUGGUCGGGAGGUUCGCGCUGCCUGUAAAGAAAUUUACCUGAACAGGCGUCGUGAAAAGAAGACUGAAGCAAAAGGCAGGGGUGAGGUUGACUCUGAGCCUGACGAGAAUGCGGCUGCUGAGCAAUUUUUCGAAGAUUUAAAGACAAAAGAGCGAUAUGCGACUGAUGUUUUUGCUUAA